AUGGGCGUAUUAGUCGGCACCGCGCUGAUUGUCAUUGUUCCCGAGGGAGUAGAGACCCUCUACAGCGCUAGCGACUAUAGUGCGCAGACACAUACGAAAAGAUUCGAUGCAGAAAGGCCGCAGCUACUCCGGGCCAGGGCGCUGGCCGACGUAUAUGAUGAAGAAGCAGUACGUCCACUGUUGUCAUGGAAUACCAGGCGCGACGACAAGCCUGAUGUAGGCGACCUCAACGCUAUGCCCGGGCUUGUUAUACCGCCAGGAGUCGAAGCAGAAACCGAAUCCGACCCUUCGCACUCUCCUCCCCCUAAAACGCCGACAGAGCCAGGGGUAGUAGGGAUUCUGGGAGGAGACGACAAUCUCUCAAAGCCAUCCGACCUGGCCCCUCCGAAGAGUCAGAAAAAGGAGCCUGCUGAUUCCCUCACUCCACCAUCAAAAUCGACGCCCGAGCGCGAACCACACGCUUGGAUUGGUCUCUCCCUCAUUCUUGGCUUCAUUCUUAUGUACCUCCUUGAUACGCUCCCCUUGUUUGAUCCGAAACCUGCCGCCCGACCGCAUAGCAAUAUCUAUUCGCUCUCCGACCUUUCUUCCUCUCCAGUCUCAACACCGGCGCCCCCACUACGCUCGCUUUCGACCACGCUUGGCCUUUGCAUACAUGCAGCCGCGGACGGUAUCGCAUUGGGUGCUUCUUCUUCCUCGGCAUCUACAAGCUCACUGAGUUUAAUCAUCUUCGUCGCUAUCAUGGUACAUAAAGCGCCCGCAGCGUUUGGCUUGACCAGUGUGCUGCUGAAGCAAGGAUUGGGCAAACGGGGCGCGAGGGCGCAUUUGGUGGUUUUCAGUCUUGCAGCACCGGCUGGAGCGCUAGCAACAUGGAUUCUUGUAAAAGUUCUUAGUGGAGGUUGGGAGAGCGAGCCAGCAGUCAUGAAGUGGUGGACAGGCGCGGGAAGCGCACGGCAGCAAAGGAAAGGAAAGGAGAGCAAGAGUCCCAAGCUAGUCUUAGCUGCUGUUGGGGGGAUGCUCUUACCUCUGAUCACACAAAUAGGUCAUGCGCACUAG